AUGGCGAAUAGGAGGAGGAUAUCAUCGUGGGGGCGCCAUGGAAACCUGUAUUGGGAUGAAGACGGGGAGUUUAUUCAGAAAGAUGAAGAAGACGAUGAUGAUAUUGAUGAUGAUGAAGAAGAAGAUGUGGAAAUAAGAAAGAAAUUAGAGAAAUAUUAUGAAGAAGAUCAAGUUAAGCUGAAUUGUGGCCUCACCAUGCCCGUCAUGGGUUUUGGCACUUAUUCUCUUCAAAACGAUGUAAAUGAAACCGUUGAAGCCGUUCGUAAGGGUAUAAAGAUGGGAUACAGACACUUUGACACGGCCAAGAUAUACGGGUCGGAGGGGGCGGUCGGAAAGGCGCUGAACGAAGCAAUUGGGUCAGGGAUUAUAGAUAGAAGAAACAUAUUUGUCACUUCCAAGUUAUGGGGAAGUGAUCAUCAUGAUCCAAUUUCAGCUCUCAAACAAACCCUAAGAAAUUUGGGGAUGGAAUACGUGGACAUGUACUUGGUGCAUUGGCCUGUGAAGCUUAGGGCUGGGGCGGAUUAUGCGUGGCCAAAGGAAGAGGAUUUCGAACAAGUAGAGAUGGACAAGACUUGGGCAGCCAUGGAAGAAUGCUUGAAGAUGGGUUUGUGUAAAUGUAUAGGGGUCAGCAACUUUUCCGUGAAGAAGCUACAACGGCUUCUUUGUUUCGCCGAGGUUCCUCCAGCUGUUAACCAGGUGGAGAUGCAUCCGACGUGGAGGCAACGGAAGCUUCGAGAGUUUUGUAGGGAACACAAUAUCCACGUAAGCGCUUAUUCACCGUUGGGUGGGCCGGGGAAUGUUUGGGGAUCAACUAGUGUGGUGGAUAGUCCAAUUAUUCGAUCAAUUGCAUUCAAACACAAAGCAACUCCAGCACAGGUUGCUCUAGGGUGGGGAUUGUCUAAGGGAAGUAGCAUGAUAGUUAAGAGCUUCAACGAAGGGAGGAUGAAGGAGAACAUGGGAGCCCUUGAUCUGAGAUUGGACGAUCAGGAUUUAAGGGAAAUUGACCAGAAAAUGGAAGAGAAGAAGAUUAUGAGGGGUGAAUGUUAUGUUAAUGACACCACUAGUCCUUACAAGACCAUUCAAGACCUUUGGGAUUUUGAGAUUUAA